AUGACUUCAAAUCGUGUUGCUGCUGGAACAGAUAUUGGAGGAUCAGCCGUGAAUCAACUCAACGGUCCUAUUGAAAUCUUUGUCGAUGUAAACUUGGAUUUAUAUGUGGCAGAUUGUUUCAAUAAUCGUAUUCAGUUGUUUCAUCCAGGAGAAUCGAAUGGCAUCACAGUAGCUGGAAAUGGAUCACAAAAUCCAACAAUUACACUUUAUAUUCCAAGUGGAAUUAUAUUAGAUGCUGACAAAUAUUUAUUCAUUGUGGACUGUUUCGGUCAUCGCAUUGUUGGUUCAGACUUGAAUGGUUUUCGAUGUUUAGUUGCAUGUUAUGGAUCGGGCUCACAAUCUAAUCAAUUGUUUAGUCCACUUAGUUUUAGUUUCGAUCGUUCUGGAAACAUAUUUGUAGCUGAUCAAGGAAAUUCUCGGAUUCAAAAAUUUUUAUUGAUGAAAGAUUCUUUUGCUGAGUCAUGUAAUCAACCAAAGUUAUGUUCAACUGCCACUUGGAAUUCCAAUGCAGUUACUUUUGCUAAUCGAUCGAUUGUUGGCUCGAAACCUCGCGCCAUUUUUGUGAACACAAACAACACAAUCUAUGUCGCUAAUCGAGAGGAGAACACAAUUCUAAUUUGGCAUGAAGAGAGUGUCAGUCCAACAAAGAUUACUCACGAUAACUUUACACAACCUAAUUCUCUCUUCGUGACAUCAAAUAAUGAUAUUUAUAUUGAUGAUGGCGAGAAGAAUGGUCGAGUGCAGAAAUGGAUAGCAGAAACGAAUAACUUUGUCACAGUGAUGAAUGUCAAGUCAUCGUGUUGGGGUUUGUUUGUCGAUAUCAAUAAUACUCUUUAUUGUUCAAUGCUUCAACAUCAUCAAGUAGUGAAAAGAUCAUUAAAUAAUUCUCUGAUGGUUUCAGAUUGUGUUGCUGCUGGAACAGGUAUUGGAGGUCCAGACUCGAAUCAAUUCUUUUUCCCCCAUGGAAUUUUUGUCGAUGUAAACUUGGAUUUAUAUGUGACAGAUUGUCUAAAUGAACGAGUUCAGUUGUUUCAAUUGAGAGAAUCGAAUGGCAUCACAGUGGCUGGAAGUAAAUCACAAAAUCCAACAAUUACACUUGAUUGUCCAACUGGAAUUAUAUUAGAUGCUGACAAAUAUUUAUUCAUUGUAGAUCAAGACAGUAGUCGCAUUGUUCGUUCCGACUUGAAUGGUUUUCGAUGUUUACUUGGAUGUUAUGGAUCGGGCUCACAAUCUAAUCAAUUAUUUGGUCCACUUAGUCUUAGCUUCGAUCGUUUUGGAAACGUGUUUGUUCUUGAUCAAGACAAUCAUCGAAUUCAAAAAUUUAAAUAUUUCGAAGAGUCAUGUGGUAAGUUUAAAACGAUUGAAUAA